CCUUCCUCCUAGCUAGCACAAACACACAAGUUUCUAAUAUUUCAGGCCUCCGCCAGUAUCUUUUAUUGCAUUAGAACUGCGCCAUGGCCUCUAAUAUUAGCUUCAAGACCCUCGCACUCCUCGCUCUCGCCCUUGCUCUCUGUGUCCAAGGCACUCUAGGAGGGAUAGCAUGUGAGAAUCUAGACCAAGACACGUGCGCCUUUGCAGUGGCGUCCACCGGGAAGCGCUGCGUGCUUGAGAAGCACGUGAAAAGGAGCGGAGAGGAAGCGUACACAUGCCGGACAUCGGAGAUUGUGGCCGACAAAUUCAAGGACUUGGUGGAGACUGACCAGUGCAUCAAAGCAUGUGGGCUUGAUCGGAAAACACUCGGAAUCUCAUCGGACUCUCUCCUCGAGUCUAGCUUCACCCAAAAGCUCUGCUCUCCUCAGUGCUACCAGAGCUGCCCCAACAUUGUUGACCUUUACUUCAACCUUGCUGCUGGCGAAGGUGUAUUUCUUCCAAAAUUAUGUGAAGCACAAGAAGAAAAUCUGCGGAGAGGGCUGUCGGAGAUCCGCAGCUCCGGCUUUGUUGCACCAGGUCCCGUGCAGCCGGCAAAGUUAACGGUUGCACCAAUAGUUGCCCCGGCGCUAGCACCAUUCUAGAAAAACUUAUACGAUACGAAAGCUUUAGUUCUUAGGUUACAAUAAUGAAUUAAGUCACACCCCUAGCUGUACGUGUUGGGUGUGGUCUUGAAACAAUAAGGUUUACCAGAGUCAUUAGGUUAUAUUGAAUCAUAGUUGUCGAUCGGUGUGUCAUGUACGUGUGCGAGCUUUAUUGUAUGGUUUGAACCAAAAAAAAAAACAAAAGAAAGGUCGUUUAUCUACAGUGUCCAUUUCCAAA